ACCCUCACACCACUUCCACCCAGAGCACCUCAAGACACCCGUUAGGGCUCCUCCCCUCCCUCCUCUCUUUAUAUUCCCAUGAACUAAUCAAUCUCCCAACCCUUUCCCAAUCAACAAACACACACACACACGGCCGAGAAAAAAAAAAGUUAUAUAUGGAGAUGAGUACUGCAGCUGCAAGUGGAGAAGUGUGCUAUGGAGGAGGAGAAAGCAACAUUAAUUUGGUCGAGGCUCUGAAUCCAAAAGUGUAUGGGAAUGGGAGUAUGGAUUUGGAUUUGGCGCAUGGGUUUGGAGCGGACCAAGGGGUGUGGCACUUGCUGCUGCCUUACCUCACAGUGUGGUUCAGGGUUGUGGUUUUUGACUUGGCCUUCUCUGGGAAUGUCAAUCCCAAACUCUAUGAUCCAACCAAGUACUCUUCUCUGGAUUCCUACGCCCGGGACUUGCUCAGCCUUCUUGAUCACUUGGGCGUCAAGAAGACUCUGUAUGUGGGUCAUUCCAUGUCCGCCAUGAUUGGCUGCUUGGCUGCAGCUCAAAGACCCCAACUGUUUGAGCACCUUAUCUUGUUGUGUGGCUCCCCAAGGUACCUCAAUGAGGAGGGAUACAAUGGGGGCUUGGAGAGAUACCAAGUAGAUGCAAUCCUUAACCAAAUUGACCAGAACUUCACAUCUUGGGUUCCAACUUUUGCUCCAAAAGUAGUUGGAGUGAAUGACGAAAGUGCCAUAAGGGAGUUUGAACUUAGCUUGAGAAGAAUGAAACCAGAGACAACCCUUAGUGUAGCCAAGACCGUGUUUCUAAGUGACUUAAGGGACGUUUUGCCAAAGGUUCGAGUGCCAAAUUGCACCAUCAUCCAAUCCAAAAUGGACUUAGUAGUCCCAAAGAGUGUUGCAUUUUACAUCAAGGAGAAGCUGGGGGACGGUAAUGCUGUUGUGGAGAUGCUGGAAACAGAAGGCCAUUUGCCUCAGCUCACUGCCCACCUUUCACUUUUGGAAGUGUUGAAGAAAGUACUCCACCUUUAUUGAUUAAUUGGGUCGUAGUUUGUCUUUUGGAAUCUUAUACUUGUUAAUUGAUGUGUGUCAUGUUUUCAAUAAUUGGGAUAUAGUUUUAUUACUCAUUUGUUUGUU